AUCGUAACUGUAAUAACGGUAGUUGACCGGUCGUUUGAUCUGCCUUCUGAGAGAGAGAGAGACGGUACGAAAACGAAUGGAUACAAUCUAUUCCCUAUCAUACCCAGAUAUUUAUUUUCAUCAACAUUCCACCCCUCACCAGUCACCAAUCUGCUUCCGCUUCAAACCUGAAGCCACUGGUAAACCACCAAAGAACGAAGAACUCCGAAGCCGUGGAAGCUGCUAAGCUUCAUAGUCUACAUAUACAGAUAUACUACUCUCCGUGGCUGAGUGAGAGAGAAACUAAGCAACACUAGAAACCUGCUUCUCCUUGUCAACAAUGGCAGUCAUCAACUAUCUCUUCGUGAAUUGUGCCGCGACUCCUAUCCCUCAAGACUUUGCAGCACCUCCACCAAACCCUAGACAGACCCGAGUGAUCCUCCCCAAUAAAAAGCCUCUCAAGUGGUCGACUGGCGUUGCUCCAGGUGAGUACGGAGGUCCACCGACGACAACGAAGCUCCGUAAGUACUGGGGAGGCGAGGAAGAAGACCCUCUCGAGUCGGAUGAUUUCAUCUGGAACAAAGAUUUCAUGGGUCGAAUGAAGAGAUUGAUUGAUGAGCCGGACUCGUCCUUGCUUCAAUCCCCUUCUCCACAGGAAAAGCCCUCUGGUUUUCUAAGCCUUAACAGAGCUAUGAGCCUUGACAGUGUUGAAAUUGAUCUGAGCAAAGAACUUACAGAGCCUUCCAAGCGUGUUUUAGAACUGCAAGUUGAGGCUGCAAGACAAGGCCGUUUGGUAGCUCAAAGCAAUGGCAGUGCUUCAACCAGGUGGAGAUUGGCUCCGACACGUCGUGAGCAAGAAAAGUGGGAUAGGGCAAGUAAAGCUGCAACAGGAGGCAGUGAUGUGAUGCUCCAUGAAGUGAGGCGCCCUCGUGGAGACCCAAAAGUGUUAGCUGCUCAGUCGAGGAAACAGUAUUUGAAGUUGAAGAAGAAGAUGCAAAUCCUUACUUUGGGUAUAGGUGGCAUUGGAGUCGUCUCGGCAUAUUUUUCUUAUUCUCCAGAAGUUGCGGCUAGCUUUGGUGCUGGGCUGCUUGGUUCUUUGGUGUACAUACGCAUGCUUGGGAGCAGUAUUGACUCAAUGGCAAAUGGAGCCCAGGGGCUUAUGAAGUAAGUAUUACAUGAACCCUGUAUUCUCAGUCUCAGGUUCCACCUAUACUUGUUU